CAGUUGCUGACAGGUGGGGACAUUUCCUGACACAGUUGCAACACUAAGAAGUGUCCUAAGACACUGAGAAGAUCAGACCCCGUUCUGCAGGCCAGGCCAGGCCGCCGGGGCAGCCGGGGUGGGGGAGACACCCUGCCGUCCUCGCUGUCUCCAGGCGCCCUCUUGGCCUCCUGGUCUCCACCUCACCAUGUCCCUGGCUGAGGCCAUCAGCCUCUGGAAUGACGGGGUGCUGGCCGCAGACAAGAAGGACUGGAAGGGAGCCCUGGACGCCUUCAGUGCCGUCCAGGACCCCCACUCGCGGAUUUGCUUCAACAUGGGCUGCAUGCACACCAUCCUGGGAAACAUGCCCGAGGCGGAGAAGGCCUUUACCAAAAGCAUCAACCGAGACAAGCAUCUGGCGGUGGCCUACUUCCAACGAGGGAUGCUCCACUACAGGACAGAGAAGUACGACUUAGCUAUUAAAGACCUUAAAGAGGCCUUGACUCAGCUUCGAGGGAACCAGCUGAUAGACUACAAGAUCCUGGGCUUGCAGUUCAAGCUCUUCGCCUGUGAGGUGCUGUACAAUAUCGCUCUCAUGUACGCCAAGAAGGAGGAAUGGAGGAAGGCCGAAGAGCAACUGACACUGGCCACCAACAUGAAGUCUGAGCCCAGGCACUCCAAAAUCGACAAGGCCAUGGAAAGCGUCUGGAAACAGAAGCUGUACGAGCCCGUCGUGAUCCCCGUGGGAAGGUUGUUCCGACCAAAUGAGAGACAAGUGGCUCAGCUGGACAAGAAGGACUACCUGGGCAAGGCCACGGUGGUGGCCUCCGUGGUGGAUCAGGACAGUUUCUCGGGGUUUGCCCCUCUGCAGCCACAGGCAGCUGAGCCUCCACCCAGACCCAAAACCCCAGAGAUCUUCAGGGCCCUGGAAGGGGAAGCUCACCGGGUGCUGUUUGGGUUCGUGCCUGAGACACCAGAGGAGCUCCAGGUCAUGCCCGGGAACAUCGUCUUCGUCUUGAAGAAGGGCAAUGAUAACUGGGCCACGGUCAUGUUCAAUGGGCAGAAGGGGCUUGUUCCCUGCAACUACCUGGAGCCCGUCGAGCUGCGAAUCCACCCUCAGCAGCAGCCCCAGGAGGAAACCUCCCCAGAGUCCGAUAUCCCACCUCCUCCCAGGUCCAGUGCCCCAGGGAGACCCCAGCUGUCACCAGGUCAGAAACAGAAAGAAGAGCCCAAGGAGGUGAAGCUCAGCGUCCCCACGCUGUACACACUCAAGGUGCACUACAAGUACACGGUGGUCAUGGAGACCCAGCCUGGGCUCCCGUACAGCCAGGUCCGGGACGUGGUGUCCAAGAAGCUGGACCUGCUGCCGGAACACACUAAGCUGUGCUACCGGCCUCGGGAGGGCAACGAGCUGCUGCCCCUUUCGGAAGCGAGCAUGAAGGACGCCUGGGGCCAAGUGAAGAACUUCCGCCUGACUCUUUGGUGUGAGAACACAGUGGGUGACCAAGGCUUUCUAGAUGAAUCCAAGGAACACGAAAAAUGUGAUGCUAAUCAGACAACGGAACCUCAGUUUAAGGAAGGGAGCCAAGUGGUAGCACUCUUCAGCUACGAGGCUACCCAACCAGAGGACCUGGAAUUCCAGGAAGGGGACGUAAUCCAGGUUCUAUCAACAGUGAAUGAAGAAUGGCUGGAAGGGGAGUGUAAAGGUAGAGUUGGCAUCUUCCCCAAAGCCUUUGUUGAAGAGUGUGCAAUCACUGAUUUGGAGAACACUCCAAGAGGAGUGUAGGCUGUGUCACAACCUACCAAGAUGAAGAAAAAGAAGCCCUACUUGUUUGCAAGGUUUACCACACCUCUGAUAUACAUCAUAGUGAGACAUCACCGUUUCUAACUGUUCACUAACCUAAAUUUUCCAUUAAAGUCGAAUCUAAUUAUUAGACAAUGACAUGAAAUCUCAGGAAGAUUUCCUGAUGCAUGGAGUGGGGCAGUGGAAAGGUGUGUGGAAGGGGCACAAGGGGGUUCUCUAGGGUGUGACAAUAUGGUUUUGCUGAGUGCUGGGUACCCAGAUGUGUUCACUUUGUGAAAAUUGACUUAAUUGGUGCACUUAUCUGUAUGUGUGAUAUCUCAAUAAAAACUGUAUCACAGAAAUAAAACAAGACAUCCAGAGGUCCAAGAACUCAGUGGAAACAUUCUUCUUCCUGUACCAUUAAUAUCACAUACUGAGGCCUGACGCAAUCUCACAGGUUAUUCAGAAGGCAUAUACAGACAAAACUAACUUGUUCUUUUCUUACUGAAAGUUUCAUUGCUUAAACAGAACCUAGACUGAGUUAGGUUACCACAGAAUAUAACAUUCAAUUCCCUAGAGAAUUAAAAUACUAGAAUUUCAUCCCUUUAUGCCUUCUCAGAGGGAUAUUUUUAUUGAGUUCAAUAGUGAAUAUUUGCCAUUAAUACUUAAGUGAUGAAAAGAAACUGGGUUCAAGAAGUCAGCUGGUUAGUCGUAUACUGUUACUUUAUAGUAUUACCAUACUGAGAGAGAUCAUAGACUGUCACAGUUUUAUUUGGUUAUCAUUUGGGGUUAAUGUGGGUGAUGGAUUCUAUAAUAGUAGACCUUAUGACCUGGUCUUAAUUUUCCUCCACCCUUCUUCAUAUGGAGUUCUGUAUGGCUUUGCUAACAAAUUUUCAAGUGUGUAGGUGCUUGUGAAAAGCAGAGUUAGGAAAUGAGCUGUAGAGUGAAUCAGCACCUUAGGUGAAAGGACAGUCAGCGUGAGCCACGGUUCCAGCACUGUUGAAGGCAGGCCACCAACGGGAACUCUAAACACAACUGGAAGAGAAGUUACCCACCCCAAGGCCAAGAAUAGUAAUUACUGUUGAUGGUAACCGGAUUUAGUGAAUUUUAUAGGCCCAAAGGAUAAACUAUCUUGGAACUGACUCAUUAACAGCACAGGGAUAAAAAUAGUGGUUAUUAUGUAAUUCCUUUACAUAAGUCAAUUAUUCUUUCUUAAA